AUGGUGGUGGUGGCGGCGGCUGCGGCAGCGGGUCAGGGGCCUACACCCGGAGCACUUGUGCGAGGCAGCAAAACCGCAGGCGACCCCAUCCCCGGGCGCUUCAUCGUCACCUUUGCGCCGAACGCCAGCACCGCCGACGCGAUCGCAGGAGUCCAGCGGCGUGUCUUCACAGUGGCCGCGACCGCCGCCCGCAAGGCCAAGCGCGCUGCUGCGACCUCCGGCCGCAUGAGCGCCGCCAGCGUCGCCGCCACCGAGUUCGGCAAGUUCGAGGUGGAGCACGUCCUCGGCAGCCAGGUCGCCGCGUCCGAGGUUGGCGGGAUGGGCGCGCGGUCCGCGGGGCGCCUCGCCGGGCGGCCGCCGCUGGGGGCGGUGCUGGUCGUGUCAGAGCAGCUGGACAGCAAGCAAGUCAAGCGGGCGAUGACGGCGGCGGCGGGCGUGAGCUCGGUCAUCGAGGACAGGGUCAUCUCGGUGGCGCUGAGCAACGCGGCCGCUGCCCCCUCGUGCGCGGCGCCGUCGUUCCUGGCCGGCACGGUCGCCAACCCGGUCGGCAUCAACUGGCCCGGCUGCUGGAUCCCAGGCGUCACAAAGGUCGCCUGGUUUGGGGAGCGCUGCGGCACCUACAUGACCGCCACUAGCUGGAUAGGCAUGUACGCCUUUUACGCGGCAAACAGCACGCUCGUCGCCGGCUGCGUUCAGUACCGCGCCCGCACGCCCGGCGGCAGCUUCAACGCGGCCAACUUCGGCGCGUGCGGCGUCGCGCCGGCGGUCGCGCAGCAGCUGCCCACGCAGCUCUGCGCUGAGUCGCUGGUGGGGCGCCGCGGCAGCAGCGGCGGCAGCGGCCAGCAGUCUUGCAUCCCGGCCGACCAGCUGUGGGGGUACACUGGGCAGCUCGACUCGCCGGUGAAGUGCGGCGGCGUGUCCACUUCCAGCGCACUUUACAGAGGCAUCCGCUGCGGCCCCGGGCAGCGGUGGGUCCGCUGGUCGAGCGUCACGCUGCCGGACGGCGGCAGGGCCUGCCGCUUCAGCCGCAACGCGGCCGACCUGCGGUGGAACGCGCAGUGGCUCGGGCAGUGCGGGGUGCCGCCGCAGUACAUGCCCCUGGCCAACAACGAGAUCGUCCACGUCAACAUGAAGCGCAUCGCGGCUGUGGUCAACAACAUGCUACCCGAUAUGACGUCAGCAGGCGUCAGCAUCGCCAUCGUCGACACCGGCGUCGACAAGCGCCACCCAGACCUGAACGUGGUGGGGGGCAAGAGCUUCUGCUCGUCCGAGGUUAAGGGGGACCCCUACAGCGACGGCUUCGGCCACGGGACGCACGUGGCGGGGAUCGUUGGCGCGAAGAACAACGGGCAGGGCAUCGUCGGCGCGGCGCCCGGUGUUCCUAUAUACUCACUGAAGGUCCUCGAUUCGGAGGGCACCGGAACAACCUCGGACCUGCUGCGCGCAUACGAGUGGCUCUACUACAACGCGCGCGCCCUCGGCAUCCGCGUGGUGAAUCUGAGUUUGACCGGCGGCGGCGGCGAGGCCGACCCCCAGUGCGAGUGGGCGGCGGCGCUGGCAAAGCAGGGGCUGACGCUGGUGGCGGCGGCGGGCAACAACAAGGUUAACCUGAUGCAGGAGGCGCCGGGGGCGUGCGCCAAGACGCUGGUGGUGAGGGCGCAGGAAAACGGGGUGACCUCUUAUACCGACAAGGACGGCGUCAGCGCCAACGACGCGGCCUCGUGGUUCUCAAACUACCUGCCGGUCGGCCAGCUCACCGACGCGCGCCGCCGCCGCGUGGUGUCUGCGCCCGGGGAGGACAUCAUCAGCACGUACCCCAUCGACCGCCAGGGCAACAAGGGGCUGCCGCAAGGCUACCAGAGCAUGAGCGGCACCAGCAUGGCCUGCCCCCAUGUCAGCGGCGUCGCCGUGCGCUGCUACGCGGCCGGCGAGUGCGACAGCGAUGUGGACACAGAGGCGGAGAAGCUCACUGCCUUUUCAAAGGCCUACAACACCGCCUAUCCGACCUACGGCUUCACCGGGGACGCGGUCAGCAGCCCCACCAGCAGCCAGUAUCUCGGUUACUCGGUGUACGCCGCCCGCUGGUGA